AUCUCCUGCACCAUGAAGUGGAUUAUCCUGGCCCUGGUGUGCCUCCAGCUCUCGGAGGGGCUGGUGAGAAUCAAACUGAAGAAAGCCAAGUCUAUACGGGAAAAAAUGAGGGAGGCAGGAGUGCUGCAGGAAUUCCUGAAGAAAAUUAAAUAUGAUCCAGCCAAGAAAUACAACUUCAGUAACGACUAUGUUGUGAACGAGCCGAUAACCAACCACCUGGAUUCCUCCUACUUUGGGGAGAUCAGCAUUGGGACCCCUCCACAGAACUUCUUAGUGCUCUUUGACACCGGCUCUUCCAACCUGUGGGUACCCUCUGUCUACUGCCAGACGCAGGCGUGCUCCAACCAUGCGAAGUUCAACCCCAGUGCGUCCUCCACCUUCACCAACAACGGCCAGUCCUACACCCUGUCCUACGGCAGCGGCGCGCUGACAGUGGUGCUGGGCUAUGACACGCUGCAGAUCCAGAGCAUCGCGGUCACAAACCAGGAGUUUGGGCUCAGUGAGAAUGAACCAACCCAGCCUUUCUACUACGCCGAUUUUGAUGGGAUCAUGGGGAUGGCCUACCCCUCGCUGGCAGUGGGAGGGACGCCCACCGCACUGCAGGGCAUGUUGCAGCAGAACCAGCUCACCGAGCCUGUCUUCAGCUUCUACUUUUCUCGCCAACCCACCUACAACUACGGAGGAGAGCUCAUUCUUGGAGGAGUUGACAGUCAGUUCUACAAUGGGAACAUUGUGUGGGCACCAGUGACCCAGGAGCUCUACUGGCAGGUCGCAAUUGAUGAGUUUGCUAUCGGACAGUCACCUACAGGUUGGUGCAGCCAGGGCUGCCAGGCCAUCGUGGACACAGGGAUGACGGUGCCACAGAUGUACCUGAACAGCUUCCUUCAGGCCAUGGGUGCCCAGCAGACCAGCUAUGGUUACGCCGUUGAUUGCAAUGCGGUCCAGAGCAUGCCCACCAUCACCUUCGUCAUCAAUGGAGCUCAGCUCCCACUCAACCCCUCUGCCUACGUCACAAACAACAAUGGCUACUGCACUCUUGGGAUUGAGGUCACCUACCUGCCUUCCCAGAACGGGCAGCCGCUCUGGAUCUUGGGUGAUGUCUUCCUCAAGGAGUAUUACACCGUUUUUGACAUGGCCAACAACCGUAUUGGCUUCGCCACUUCAGCCUAG